AUGGCUGAGGCUAUCCUUGCUGAUGUUGCUAAGAGAAUACUAAGCAAGCUGAUUGCACUUAUUACUGAACAAAUCGGUCUUGCUUGGAGUUUCAAGGAGGAGCUGAGACGGUUGCAUCAGUCAGUAGAGAUGAUUCAAGCCGUGCUGGCUGAUGCAGAGAAAAGGCAAGUGAGAGAAGAGUCUGUGAGGCUUUGGUUGCAGAGGCUUAAAGAUAUUGCUUAUGAAGCUGAUGAUUUGUUGGACGAGCUUGAUUAUGAGAUUCUUUGGCAAAAGGUAGAGAUCCGAAACCAAAUGAAAAGAAAGGUACACUUCUUCUUUUCAUCUUCAAACCCUAUUUCUUUUCGUAUCAAGAUGGCCAACAAGAUUAAGACUAUUAGCGAAUCGCUAAAAAAGAUUAAUGAAGAAGCAAAUGGAUUUGGACUUACUAAAGAGAGAUUAGUAAAUGCAGAUCUUGAGAUUAUCCCAAACCGAGAGACAGACUCCUCUCUUGAUCAUUCAGGAGUUGUAGGAAGGGAAGAUCAUGUCUCAGAAAUUGUAGACUUGUUGCUCAGUGCAACCGAUCAACAACUUUUGGUCAUUUCUAUAGUAGGAAUGGCAGGAAAUAGAAUUAUUGUAACAACCCGUAGUGACAAGGUGGCGGAAAUCAUGAAGACAUCUCCUCGAUGUCACUUGAAAAAUCUAUCAGAAGAUGAAUGUUGGUUCAUAAUCAGGAAAAUAGUAUCUGCAAAUGAAAGAAAUCCAUUAACUAAAGAUUUGGAGGUUAUUGGAAGGCAUAUUGCCAAAAAAUGUGGAGGUGUUCCAUUAGUAGCAAGGGUUUUAGGAGGGAUGAUGUCACACAAAAAGGAGAAAAAUGAAUGGUUGGAAAUUCAAAAUAGUGAAGUUUGGAAUUCCCUACAUGAUAGCAAUGAAGUGUUACCAGUAUUAAAAUUAAGCUUUGAUAAUCUUCCAUCAUCAUCUCUUAAACAAUGUUUUGCAUAUUGUUCAAUUUUUCCUAAAGGCUAUGAUAUGAAAAGGGAAGAAUUAAUUCAACUUUGGAUGGCUGAAGGGUUCCUUCAACCAUCUCAAGGAAGUGGUUUGGUGAUGGAGGAUAUUGGUAACAUGUAUUUUGAUAUCUUGUUGGCGAAUUCCUUAUUUCAAGAUGCGAAAAAGGAUGCAUAUGGUAAUGUUAUCAAAUGCAAGAUGCAUGAUUUGGUACAUGAUCUUGCGCUCUCAAUUUCAAAAUUUGAGACCUUAAUUUUGCAUGGGGAUUUGGGGGGUGAUAUCAACCACAUACGGCAUUUGUUCGUCCAAUUUGAUGCCAAAAUUGUACCAAGAAUGCCAUUUUUAAAAGGUGUCAAGAAAUUGCGCACAUUUGUUUCUGAACACGCUGUACUUGGUAAUAUGUUAUUAGGAUUUGAAUGCUUACGUGUUCUAAAAUUAUAUGGAAAGAGUAUAAAAGUAUUGCCAAGUUCAAUUGGUCAGUUAAUACAUUUGAGACUUCUUCACCUCUCAAGCACCUCCAUCAAAGUAUUGCCAAAGUCCAUCACCAAGCUCUACAAUUUGCAAACUUUAAUAGUCAAAUAUUGCAAUGCCAAAGGGCUUCCAAAAGAUCUAAAAAAAUUGAUUAACUUGAGGCAUAUUUAUAUCGAUGAUGAGAUUGAGCGAGCAGUUAAAUAUAUCGGGCAAUUGACCUGUCUACAAACAUAUCCAUGUUUCACUGUGGGUCAACAUGCAGGUCAUCGAAUUGAAGAAUUGGGACCCUUAAAUCAACUUAGAGGACAAUUAUACAUCCGUAGUCUAGAGCAUGUGAGAGAUAAAAAAGAAGCCAGAGGUGCAAAUUUAGUAGAAAAGGACAAAAUAUACAUGUUGAGAUUUUGUUGGAGUAAGGAAAGAGAAGGCAAUGGCUAUAAUGAUGAAGAGGUGUUGGAAGGUCUCCAGCCUCACCAAUAUUUGAAAAGCUUAACAAUCCAAAACUAUAAAGGAAAGAAAUUCCCAUCAUGGAUGUUGACAAGUAGCAUUGCAAGGGAUGGUUUUUCUCUAUUUGACAAUUUGAUUGAAAUCAUAUUAAGUGGCUGCAGCGAAUGUGAGGUUCUUCCCACUCUUGGGCUUCUACCAUGUCUUAAGGUUCUUGAAAUAAGUGAUAUGGAUAAUUUAAGAUGUAUAGACACUAAGUUUUACAGCAACUUUAAUGAUGGCAGUUGCAAAAAUGUGUUGUUCCCAGCUUUGAAAAGACUUAUUUUAUGGAGGGUGCCCAAUCUAGUUGAAUGGAAGGACGCAACAGAGUCAACAGAAACAGGAAUGGUUUUUCCUUGCCUUGAGGAGUUGAUUAUUAAAUUAUGUUACCAACUAGAAACCGCUCCAUGUCAUUUUCCAUCUCUUAAGAAAUUAAAUAUUUUCCAAACCUGCAGCAGGCCAUUCGAAAACAUUUGCAGCAAGCUUACCACACUCGAGUCCCUUUGUAUUUCUAAUAUUUUAGAACUUGCUUCUCUACCAGAGCAGCUUUUGCAAAACAAUUGUAGUCUCAAUGAUUUGAAGAUAGAGAGUUGUGCUGAUUUGGAGUCCAUCUCACCACAUGAAAACGUAUUCUGUGCUUCUCUCCGAUCACUCAAAAUAAAGAACUGCACAAAGUUGAGUUAUUUACUGCACAACUUCAUUUCCCUUGAAGAGUUGAAAGUAGUGUGUUGUCCUAAUCUGAAGUCAUUUCCAAGUAUAGAAAUACAAGAUGUCACGUCCCUUCUUCGACGCUUGGAGAUAUCAGAGUGCGGUGUUGAAGCUCUACCCACUGGACUGCAAUUAUGUACUUCCCUUCAAGAAUUGAAGAUAGAGGGAGGUCCUAAUCUGAUAUCAAUUGCAGAUCUAGGAGAAGAAUUACAUUCCCUUACUCAACUGAGAAUCUAUAAUUGUCCUAAUCUGAUAUUGAUUGCAGAUCUACUAGAAUUGCGUUCUCUUAAGAAUCUAGGCGUUUUUGAUUGCCCAAAACUGACGGGUUUGUCAGAGGGGUUAUUGGAUUGCCUCACCCACUUGAAGUCUCUGGAGAUUGGUGGGUAUUUUGAGGAGCUGGAUGCUUUCCCCAGUCUCAAUUCCAUCCAACACUCACACGACUCUCUUGAAAUAUUAUAUUUGCAUGGGUGGUCUAAACUCAACUCCCUCCCGGACAAAAUUCAACACUUCAUUUCCCUUAAGUAUCUAUACAUAUAUGAAUUUGAUGGAAUAGAAGUUUUGCCCGAAUGGUUGGGUAACCUUUCUUCUCUUCAAUACCUGUCUCUUAACUCUUGCAAGAACCUGAUGAAACUGCCUACAGCGCAAGCAAUGCGACGCCUCAGAUUAGAGAAGCUGGAGAUUUGGUGUUGCCCCAAAUUAAAUGAAUGUUGUGCAAAGGGGAGCGGCCCAGAGUGGUACAAAAUUGCCCAUAUUCCAGAUGUCGAUAUCAAUUGA